AUGCCUUCAGAGGACAGCAGAAUAGAGCCACUUCCGCCGGAAGUUGUGGCGAAGAUUAAAUCUUCUACAUCCAUUAUCAAUCUAAACAGAGUGGUUGUGGAACUCGUCAAGAAUGCGCUGGAUGCAAAUGCACGUACGGUCUCGGUAACGGUUGAUUUCCACCGCGGGGGAUGUGUUGUUGAGGAUGACGGGGAUGGAAUACCCCCAGCAGAGUUUGAGUCGGAUGGAGGACUAGGGAAAGCACAUCAUACCUCGAAAUUAUAUUCAGCAAGAGCUGUCUACGGUCGUAGAGGGCUAUUCCUCGCUUCUCUGGCUUCUCUUUCACUGUUGACGGUGAUUUCACACCAUGUCCGCUACAACAGCACCAACAGUGUCAUUUUCCAUCAUUCGACUCCGAUCGCACGCUUCAUUCCAGCACCAUCAUCGCAUCAGUUGAGUUGCAGCAGUCAUGGGACACGCGUUAUUGUCAAUGACUUGUUUGGCAAUAUGCCCGUACGCGUGAAAAGUCGAGCCCUGGCCCUUCAGAAACCCGACGAGUUCGAGCGGCAGUGGGAUGAUCUCCGGAGACUACUCGUUUCUUUGAUAUUGGCGAAUGACCAUCUCACUAAACUGGUGGUCUCUACCGCUGGAAAAGAGAGGAAACUCAUGAUUCGCCCACACGUUGGACGUCCAGGAAUAAGAGGAGACUUGGAUCUCAAACGCAUCGCUUCUAUACUUAUGCAGGCCGGUCUGAUCGAAUCGCAAAAUUCUGAUAGCUGGAAUUAUGUGUCAGCAAGCGUCCCUGGCAUUUCGUUGCGCGCCGCUGUAUCCCUUGUACCUAGCCCCACGAGGAAGGUUCAGUUUAUCUCCAUUGGGAUUGACCCAGUCUACCCGCGAAAUAGCACGGACCUGCUCUAUAGUGAAAUCAACCGCUUGUUUGCUUUGUCCGAUUUUGGUGCGGUUGAAGCGGCCCCUGUAAGCAGCGAUGGACACCCAGGUCCUAGGUUUACAAGCAAGGCAGUGAACAAAUGGCCGAUGUUCUACAUUCGCAUAGACGUCGACGACCCUAGAGAACUCUUUGAGGAAGGCCAUGAGGUGGUACCGGAGUCAAACCAGUCUGUCCAGCGUCUUAUAGAUGUGCUUGUGGCCAUGAUGAGCGAGUUCUUGAAACAACAUGGCCUACGACCACGUGCAGGGCGACAGACGAAAGAUGUGUCUAGGUCCGCGAGUGUUGAGUCGCCAGGGGCCGGCAGGUCCAACUUUGCGAAAUCGGUAUCUUCACGCGACAGAUCUUCCAUUGCUGAAGAAGCCUUGGCAGGGCAGUUGAAGCUGCCGACCUUUCGAAGGCUAACGUCAACGAACACUACUUCAGAUUUUGCGACUUGGUCUAGGGUCAAAUGUGCGAGAGAGCCGCCUGCUAGUAAACAUGAAUUGGCCGGUGGGUUGAAGAAAGCGCAUUCAGGGCCUGCUUGGGAGUCCGGCGAUAGAGAAUCGCUAUCAUUAUGUCUAGAGACAGAUGAUUCAUCGGUCGGUAACAAUUUGGAUCUGGAGGUUACUGAAAACGACGGGUCGGAUGCCGAUGCGUCGAUACCAUGGACUGACCCCCAUACUGGAUAUUCUCAUUUGAUCAAUGCAAGAACGGGCCAAGCAAUUAAUGUCAGGUCACCAUCUACUGAAAUUACAGUCGACGAGCGCCCCCGAUCUGCUGGAACAAUUCAGACACUGCGAGCGCUCGAUAGGUCAAGGCCAAGGUCGGCAAUCUCAAGCACAAGUCAUAAUAUCUGGGUCGAGAGCCUCUUGAGAAGAUGGGAAAACCCUGCUUUCCGUCGACCGGAAAGGCCAAUAACCGCGAUUAGCGACGGUGAAAGUCACAGAAACAUGAGUGAUAAUGGUCUCAUUCGGCCUUUUGACUGCUCAAGAGGGUCUUACGGAUUGGAUGAUUUUGGAUUGGCGAAAUUCCGAGGCCGAUUAAGCAAGAGUCAUCUAGCGACGGCCAACGUCAUUGCACAGGUGGAUCGAAAGUUUAUCCUCGUAAAGCUCGCCGAUGGCCGUAGCUCACGGUCGGCCUUGGUCUUGAUUGAUCAGCAUGCUGCGGAUGAACGAUGUCGAAUUGAGAGCCUUUUUGGAGCCAUGUUCGCUGACGGUCAUCGCCAAGUUCAAAGCAUCAGGAUUGACCCUAUUACUUUCGAUAUCCCGCUCAUGGAAGCCGCUCUUUUUGGAAAGCAUGCCGACUCUUUUGCAUCUUGGGGUGUUGGGUACACUGUCGAGCGGAAAUCAUCAGCUAGAGCUGCCCUCGUUGUAGUGACUUCACUUCCCACGCUGAUUGCCGAGCGGUGUCGAUUAGAACCCGACCUGGUCAGCGACAUGAUCCGCGGCGAGAUAUGGAAACAUGAAGAGAACGGACAGGGAGCUUUGGCUCUUAGCGAUCAACGAGCCCAGAGAUCCAAGGUGCAUCGGGACGAGUUGGGGGUUGAGACUGAGGGUAACUGGGUGGACCGAUUGACGAGUUGCCCUCAGGGGAUAAUUGACUUGCUGAACUCUCGGGCAUGCAGAACAGCAAUCAUGUUCAAUGAUAUGCUGACAGCCGAGGAGUGCAAAAGUCUUUGCGCUCAUGGACGGCCGUCUAUGGUCCCGAUUCUUGAUGUGAGGGAAAGUGAGGAGUUCUUAGGAAAGAGUAUUGAAUGCGAAUAUGAAUAUGAAAGGGAAGACGGUCGACGACAGCUGGAUUUUCUCGAGGCUUUUCGAUCUUGGCAGGGUCUUGGUGGCAACUGA